CCCGGGUGUUUCCCCGGAGCUUUGGCGGCCGGCUUGGAGCCGGGCCCAGGCACGGCAGCCGCUGGGUGCUGGAUGGCCCCCGGCCCGGCCGGGCCCUCUCCGUCUCUCCCGCCCUCUCUCCCGCACCGCUUCCAGCCGCGGGUUUUGAGUACCCCCGGUUCCUGACAGGCGACUGGGAUGUGGCCGCCUCUUUCGGGAGCCUGAAAGCCUGCGGUGGCGUGGAUGAGGCCAAGGUGUCACAGUGAAAUCACCCAGGCAGCCCGGUUCCCGUCCAGGUGUCCUGCCGGGGCAGGGCUGUGAGGGACCACAAGUACAAGCUCCCCAUGGCUUCUACAAGAGCUUCCAGUGACGGAGCCGGUACACCACUUCCAGCGGUCGCCAUGGGCUACUUUAAGAUAUGCUGCCCUAAACCUAAAGGCCUGUAAGGCAGAAACGACUCCCGGAUUUUGAAGAGGAAUGUUAUACAGCAAGGCAAGUGCGAUAGCUACUGAAUUGCGGCGACGCUUGGUGCCUCAGGCAGGUUCUCCAUCUCGGGGCUGCCAGAAGCUUUGGUGCCAGCAAACUCUCCAGGGGCUCGAGGCGCACGGCUUCGGUCCGAAGGAGCACGACCUGGGGCUGCACGGCCUCCUACCAUCACCGGUUCGGAAGAGCACAGAUGGUAAACGUGGUGCUGCUGCCCUGAAACGGCACCUUGAAACAGACGGCAGCUCUUCCCGAGAGGCUUUUAAGACCCUACGGGGACAGACAGUAAUCUCAAGGAGAAGACCGCAUAUGGAAACUACUCCAUUGGAACUGCGCUACAUCCAUCUAAAAGAACCACAAGCCUGAAAUCAAGCCACCUUCACCGGCUUUGGCCGGGCUCUGUCCGAGCCAUCCCCACCGGCGCCCUGGCCUAAGAUGGCGGCCUGGCUUCGGCGCCGGCCUCCCGCCCGCAUCAACCCCGGCUCCGGCGGGGCGGCACCGGCCCUCGGACUACAAGUCCCAGGAGCCAGCGGGCGCAGGGCGCGCCGCCGCCGCCGCCCCUGCGAGGUAAGCGGCGGGUCGGCCGGCAGCGGCGGGCGGAGCUGGCGCUGCCCUGGAAUGACCCCCUUUGGGGGUGCCGGGGCUGCGCGGAGCCGGUAACGGGGCCCCCCUGGGCCGGGCCCGCACCCGGGCCCGCCGGCAGACACUCCAUGCUGCCCCGUCAGGUGCAGAGGCUGGGCAGAGACUGCAUCGCCCACUGGAACGGUUCUCAGAUACUUGCCUUCAACAGCCCGGUUCCCAACUGUGUGAGAUGGGCCGGAUACUGUCCCUGGGCCUCGUUUCCACUUCCUGUUCCAGUUGACUUCUCAGCAAACUGGAGAGUCCCUCCAUUUUUUGGACCUUGGAGACAUUUUCAGAACUCUAACUGGCAGCUUGAUAACUUCGUGCAGAGUUCCUGCUUUCACCUACCUAACCCCAGUAUGAAAUCUGAGGGGGAAGAACCGCUGACAAAGAAGAGAAGACUCAGUGGCCAGCAUAAUACUCCUGAAGAAGCAGAAAGCUUCUCUAAUCAGAAGGAAGCAUUAUGUCUUUCUGUAGCACAGAAUGAAGAAAAACAUAGCAGCAAGAAAGGAAGCGCCAAAAGACACUGGGAAUAUUUCUGCCAGCACGGUAGAACAAUGAAAAUCUUUGAAAAUAAAGAAACUGACCAAAGCAAUACAGAAAGUGAGGCAAAAUUUGAUUUUACAGUUAUGUCCUACAAUAUCCUCUCACAGAAUUUGUUAGAAGAUAACUCCCACCUGUACAAGCACUGCAGACAGCGCUUGUUAAUCUGGACAUACAGAUUUCCCAACAUCCUACAAGAAAUCAAGGAGCUGGAUGCAGAUGUACUCUGUUUACAAGAAGUCCAAGAAGACCACUAUAGAACAGAGAUCAAGUCAAGUUUGGAAUCCCUGGGGUAUCACUGUGAGUAUAAAAUGAGAACGGGGAGAAAACCUGAUGGCUGUGCUAUUUGCUUCAAAACUUCCAGAUUUAGCCUGAUCUCAUCAAACCCCGUGGAAUUUUUUCGCCGUGAUAUUCCACUCUUGGACAGGGACAACGUUGGACUGGUGUUGCUUUUGCAGCCUAAAUUUCACUGCAAAACUAAUGCUGCAAUCUGUAUCGCCAAUACACAUCUGCUCUACAACCCAAGGCGAGGGGACAUCAAACUGACCCAACUUGCAAUGCUCCUGGCAGAGAUCGCUAGUGUUGCCCUUCAGAAGGACGGUACCUUCUGUCCCAUUAUCAUCUGUGGUGACUUCAAUUCUGUUCCUGGUUCUCCGUUGUACAGAUUCAUAAAGGAAGGAAAGCUAAAUUAUGAAGGACUUGCUAUAGGGAAGGUCUCUGGACAAGAACAGUUUCCAAGGGGACAAAGAAUCUUAUCUAUUCCAAUUUGGCCAAAAAAAUUAGGUAUUUCGCAAAACUGUGUAUAUGAAGUAAAACAGCAACAAAAAGAAGAAAAUGCAGGAGAAGAAUUGGAAGCAGCAAAACUGGACAAGACUCAGGAGGCUGUAAUAGCAUCUGAAAAGUUGUCUUCAAAAUUGCAGCACUGUUUUAAACUGUCUUCAGUCUAUUCUCAUUACUUUCCUGAAACUGGGAUCCCGGAAGUAACGACCUGUCACUCCCGAAGCGCUGUCACUGUGGAUUAUAUCUUCUAUUCUGCAGCACACGACGAUGCUACUGCCCAGCCAGGAGCUGAGGAUUCUUUUCACGGAGGUCUGAAACUUCUUGGCAGGCUGGCACUUCUAACAGAGAAAGAUCUUUGGACUGUUAAUGGUCUUCCCAAUGAAAAUAAUUCUUCUGACCACCUGCCAUUGCUAGCAGAGUUCAGGCUUAUUGAACGGUAAUAUCCAAAGGACUUUUUGUGUUGGUAAAGUUACCUUCACCUUCUCUCUUCAUGUGAUUAUUGUUAUUUUUUUAAAGGUUAAUUCAAGCACUGCUGGUCCGGUUUAAAUAAGUUUGCCUGCAUGCUGACUUGUUAGUGUUGUGUAAAGUAGACUUUUUAAAGAAAUUUUUUUAAAACGUUUAAAUUACUUUAUGAAGUCUUCAAGGCAAAAAGAAAAGAUUUUACAUUAGCUGCCUCUUUGAUAAUGGAAAACAUCUGCGCCAGUCUCAAUGGCAUUAUUUUUCAUGGAGAUGCUGUAAAUGGUUUUUAUUGUAAAGCAUAGUAAAACGGAUUAUUCUCUGA